UAUAUCAGCACUUUAGCCGAACGAGUAUUAUUAAGGAGUCAGUUAAUAUCACCGCAUCGCUACAGUUCCUUAUACUUAUAUAGACGUGAUAGCAGGAGAUUAAAGAGUCAUAAAUGGCAAGGCGAUGGUGUGCGAGAAUAAAACUGAUACUGGUGGUUCUUAUUUUCAGUGUUGCUUUUUUAAAUCUACGAUCAUAUAUGACUAUGGAAACAAAUUUUCAAGCCACAGAAGAAGUUAUUGUAACGGUAGCUACAGACGUGAAUAUUCCAGUACCUAACAGAAAAGGUUUUUUAACAAUAGCUAUACCGACUGUGUCUCGAAAAGGAGCUGUGUAUAUAUACUCAACCCUGGAAUCUUUAAUUAACGAUGGUGAUAAUUCGGAAAUUACGAUCGUCAUAUUACUUGCUGAUACCAAUCAGUUUUACAAUGAAGAACUUGCCAAAAACAUUACAAAUAAAUACAAAGAACUUGUUACGCGGAAGGUUAUACACUUUGUUAAAAUUCCUCCGCGUUAUUAUCCAGAUUUUAAUAACUUGGAAAUUACGUUUAACGAUCCUCUAAAACGUGUCCAGUGGCGCUCUAAACAAAAUCUAGAUUACGCAUAUGUGAUGACGUAUUCCGCAAAUCUGUCCCAAUAUUACAUGCAACUCGAGGAUGAUGUGAUAGCUACUGAAAGAUACUUAAAAAAAAUCAAAGAUUUCAUCGAUGAACAUAGUGAUAAAAAGUGGGUAAUGCUAGAUUUUACGGGCAUGGGAUUUAUAGGUAAAUUGUACCGCAGCCGAGAUGUGUUAAAAUUGGCAACAGUGUUGAAGACAUUCUAUAAUGAAAAGCCUUGUGACUUUUUGAUGUAUGAUUUCCUAACCAUGAUGCUACAGACACAGAUAUAUCUACGAGUGCCUAAACUGUUUAAACAUUUGGGUGUGCAUUCGUCACUUUCCACCAACAAGCGAAAGGAAGACAAAGACAUAUUUUUCGAAAGAAAGAUGAAUGUACUAAGGGGAGACAAUCCUCCCGCAGACCUUUUCACCUCUCUUCAAGCAUAUCUUCCGCAUACUUUGUCAAAAGUAUAUGAAGGGAAAUACGCAGACGCCAUAUUUUGGAGUUAUAGUCCAAAAAGCGGAGACUCGGUUGUUAUCGCGUUUAAAGAGCAACAGCUGUUGGACCGGAUAGUGAUAAUUACCGGAUUUGUGAAUAGUACACGAGACAGACUUAAAAAAGGCACUUUAGAAUCUGGGACAAUUGUACGUAGAACUAAACCGGGUCAUAUAACAUGUAGUGAAACACGUAUUCUUGGAGUUUUUUCUGGAGGUAUAAUAGGUGUUAAUAUCACAAAUUCUUAUCCAGUGGCAUGUGUAGUUAUUAGAAUAACAGGUGCGCAAAGUGACUGGAUACUUUUCAGAUCUGUAGCUAUAUAUAUUAAACGUCGGUGAUGUAAGCUACAAACUAUUAAGAAUUAAAGGUUUUAAAAUUUGUGACAUUGUCUUUGCGACCAGUACUCCGGGUCCAUUUACUUGGUUUGAUAGCUUCAUUUUGUCCGCUUUAACUCGCUGUCCUUGGUUUGAAUAUUUCUAGUUGUUAUCUGUGUGGUGGUCGUCCUGCACUUGUAAGUAACAUACUGGGAUGUUCGACUUUCCGAUCUCGAUUGUAGUCGAGCAACGAAAGGUUUGCUCACUAGCAACUGUGUUUCCUGUAUGUUCACAAUCUGCCAAGCAUCUGUUAGACUUUAUUGGCCAGGUUGAUGCAGAAAAGUAAGACUGUUAUUUCUUUUACCAAAACAUAUUUCAUAUCAUUAUCAUAUCAUAUAAACAUGCAAAAUCAAAUAGCAAUGGCCGCCCUUUUCUAUUCCCCAAGCAAAAUGUUCGGUUUUCUUUGCUAAUAAAUUUGUUUAGUAUAGAAUUUAACAUAUGAACUGAGUGAUAAUAUCAAGUGUACGAAUAGCAAGUAUACUUAUCUUGGUAAACCAAAUGUCACACGUUUAUUGGCUUACUUUAAUUGAAUUUCACAAGAACGAGUGUACCAAUGACUAGGGUAACCGAUCGAGACGUCAUCAUCGAAGUAGCUCACUCGAUGCACAAUUGUCUAAGGAACAAUCAUGGCGAUCGUUCCUCAGUUGUCGUAGCCUUUGGCUUUGUUUCACUGAUUCUGGGGUUUCUACAUCUUCAUUUGGAACAUUUGUCAUACAGCAAAUGAUAUUAGUAUACUUGCUUAUGAAUGAUAUGAUGGCAACUGUUCCAAACAAAUGCCACAAACCAGCCAUCAAAUUGUGCGCAAUAGAAGCUUCGCUGGUGAAUUAGGUUAUGAAUUUAUUGAAGCGGGUACAGUAUACAUUAUUGAUUAAACCAAAUCUGUAUAUUCUUUUCAAAUUUAUAAUCAUAAUCAUAAUCAUAUGUACAUGUACUGCUAAUAAAUGGGUUUCUUUUAAUCAACAGUCUUUGAAGCAUUCUCUCGCAGUUUCUAACAGUUAAAUACGAAAAUCAUGUAGCUUUUAUUCUGUUUAUUGAUUGUGCAGGCCUGGAAACGGCCAGCUCGAUCAACAGAGGUUAUUUUAUGAGUCUAGAUAACACCUUAUUUAUAGGGGACACGAGUAGUGUUUGCUAAUAUUCGAAUGUUUACUUAUAAAUGAUACUUUAAAAUGACUUUCCCGCUACGUUGAGUAUCCCUGAAUACAAUAUGUAUUGUUGAGUUUGUGGAGUUAACCUGUCUUAAUUACAAAGUAAACAGAAAUUAAGGGGUCUUUAUAAAACAUUCGUUGUUUUAUGGUGGGUCUCUUGACUUUAAUAAGUUUGACCUGUAAUCAUGUCAUGUAUUCCACCCUGGCUACGACUAAAGUUGGAACAUUCCAAAUUUCGAGAGGAGUUGAUUCGGUUGAUGGGAUCGGAUGUUAUCCGGUUAAAUGACAGAGAAUGGAACGAAAGAUUUCAUCGUCGAAUAGAGGAGGAAUAUCAUAGAACAUUGGACCAGAAGGAGAAAGCCCUAGCUGAAGCUGAAGAAAAAAGAAUAAGGAAACUGAAACUGGAAGGUUUGGUACCAAUGUCUGAUGAUUCUGAUUAUGACCAUUACCAUCACAAAACAUCUGCCAACAACCGCAAAAAACGCCUAACUAAAUCACAUAAGAAGCAAAAGAAAAAUUGUCAGCAAAUUUCGAGCCAUAGCUAUGAUAAUCAUCAAAAUAUAUACCGCCCAACAGAAGACGUUUGUACACAGAUAGAAGUUGUCUACCAGAAAGAACCCGUGCAGAUGUCUGAGUCCAGUGCGGAAUCCAUCCAAAAUAAAUCCAGAUCUCCUAGUGCAGUUUCUGAAAGAAAUAACAUUGAAGAAUAUAAGCAUGGUAUGUCAAAGAAAUUUAAAGAUAGUAAAGAAAUGAAUGAACUCUACCAAGCAGAGAGUGUCAAUGGACUUUAUUCGAUGGCUGAGAAACUGGUUCUUCGUUAAACUGAUUUGAGACUUACUGGUGAAUAACGUUAGAAAAAGUGCAAUAUCCGAUUGACAAAUGGAUAACGUGAUUAAGGAGGAAGUGAUUAUAAUAUUGUUUUGGUAUUUUAGCAAUAAAAUAGUAAUACCCAAACGGAAAUUA